AUGAUGGGAAGGAACAUCUGCUAUCGGCAACGAAGAAGAAAAGAAGUCGUCUAUAACGACUGCGUACUCGAGGAUCCCUUGUCCCAAGUUGACUGGUGCAUCAAAGAGGACCCAAACGUCGACUACGAGAUGCUGCUCAGAGGAUUACGAGCCUCUGCUGAGCGUGCCUCGAAGAAGUACUCUGAGGCUCCAUCCGAAUGCAUCGCACGUUGA